AUGGAGGGCAGGGCUGGUCCCACGGCGGAGCUGGAGCCGGGGCAGCCAGAGGGGACCAAGCGGGGCCCAGGUGGGGAUGGGGACAGGGACGGGGACAGGGACAGCCCCGACUUCUACCCCCACCCCAACGUCGGCAGCCUCCUGGAGUCACCCACAUCCUCCGGCGUGGAGAUCGGUGCCAUGGAGGUGGUGCUGGUGCGCAUGUGCCGAGCCUUCAACUCCGACAACCGGACCGUCUUCUUCGAGGGCAAGUACGCCGGCGCCGAGCUCUUCCGAUCCCUGGAGGAGCGGCUGACCUUCGUGGGAGACGAGGAGCUGGAAAUCAAGAUGCGAGUGCCCCGGGCGGCCGUGAAAUCCAUCAUCGGCCGGAAGGGAGCCACCAUCAGGAAGCUAAGCCAAGAGACGGGGGCUCGCAUCGACGUGGAGGGAGAGGACGAGGGCGAGGAGACGGCGCUGCUGAUCUCGGGCUCCCCCGGCCAAGUCUGCCGGGCGAAAGCCGCCGUCCACCAGAUCGUGACGGAGAGCGUCCCGGUGUCGGAGCAGCUCUGCGUGCCCCAGAGAGCCGUUGGCAGGAUUAUCGGUACCUCCGCCCUCCCGGGGAGGCAGGGGACAGCGGGAGGCGUCACCAAUUUACCCGCUCGGUGUCUGUGGCGGCGCAACUGCUGUCGCAAGCCCCGACAGCGUGAGCAGGAGAAACUCAUCAUGGAGAAGCUGAUGGAAGACGACGCCUUCCGGAAGGAGCUGGCCCAGUCGACGGCGAUGCGGUGCCAGCGCAAGCAGCCCCUGGGCAGCCGGCGGGAGUGGGAGCCGCUCCCCGGCGGGGCGCCGGAGCACGGUGAAGAGGACGGGGGCUCGUCCUGGGGCGAAGGCUCGCUCCUGGGCCAGGCUCCCUUUGAGGAGGCGGAGGAGCUGGAGGAUGAGAGCGAGGAGCUGGAGGAGCUGGCGGCAGGGCCUCACGUGGCAGUGCCAAAAUUUGAGGUUCCCAGCCCCGAUUUCAGCUUCCACGCCGACGAGCACCUGGAAGUUUACGUCUCGGCCGCGGAAAACCCCAACCACUUCUGGAUCCAGAUCAACGGCCACCGCAGCCUGCAGCCGGCAGAGCUCUCGACCGUCCGAGCAGGGGACAUCGUGGCCGCUCCCUACGUGGACAGCAGCGACUGGUACCGAGCCCGCGUCCUGGGCACGCUGGAGAACGGCAACUUUGACCUUUACUACGUGGAUUUUGGGGACAACGGGGAGGCCCCCGCAGGGGACGAGUGGGAAGAGGCGGCCCUGGACGAGUUCGACCGGCUCACUCACUGCGCCACGUGGAAACCGCUGGUGGCAAAAAUUUCCAGUUACGUCCAGUCUGGACUCGGCACGAGGCCGAACGUCGGGCUCUACGCCCUCCACCACGGAGAGCCACCGGCUCUCCAGCCCCAUCUGGUUUCCGCGCACAGCCUGGACAUCGGAGCGGAGCUGGUGCGGCUGGUCUACGCCGUCCCCUGUCCCCAGGAGGAAGAGGCGGUGGGGGACAGCCCCCCGCGGCUGGCGAAGGAGGUCAGGGCGGAGAUGCCGGAGGACAUCUCCUGUGCGUCCCUCGAGAGCCUCUUGUCGGAGCCCCGGAAAAGUCCCGGCGAGACCCCCCUGACCCUGUCCUGCGUCAGCCUUUCGGACGGCGCCUCCGGCAGCGGCGAGGACAUCGGCGUGACGGAGAGGAGCUCCCGGUGA